CUCAGCACCAAGGACAGCGUCUCUCACAGAGCAUCAGGUCACCCUUGACAAAACCUUGACUAUGAUUCACUCACAACCGGAGCGGGAGAAGUGAACGCAGGUGAUGACUACAACAUUACUGCAAAACUGAGUUCUCCACCUUUUCCCAAGAGAGAGCGAGAGAGUGCUUAUGUGAGGAGACUAUCAAGAUUUUCUAAAAAGGCGUGUUGACAUGGUUUUCUUGAACAUGCACGGGUUUCACGAGCGGACUCAAUAAGUGAAGCCCAUUCCUUAGCGGACUAGACUGAGGCGAUCGCAUUCCAGUGCUGCUGAAGAGGACGCAGUGAGAGCGGAUCUGUCUCAUCAACGGACAUCGACACGCAUCCUCCACGGGCCACUCAGAUUGACUCCUCUGCCAUCCAGGGCAAAAUGCGUCUGGUUCUGUUCGCCUUCCUCAUCUCGUGCUCCUGUGCCAGAGGAGGAUGCGAACCAAAGACUGUGAAUAUCGGGGCUGUCCUGAGCCAGAAGAGAUAUGAACAAGUGUUCAAAGACGCUGUCACUCAAGCCAACAAUUUAUACGGCAAAGAUAAGUUCAAGAUGAACGCUAUUUCAGUCACCCAUAAGCCAAACGCCAUCCAGAUGGCACUCUCCGUCUGUGAAGAUCUCAUCUCUAACCAGGUGUAUGCGAUCUUGGUCAGCCACCCACCCCAGUCCAACGACCAUCUGACUCCCACUCCAGUGUCCUACACGGCUGGUUUUUACCGUAUCCCUGUUGUGGGCCUCACCACCCGCAUGUCCAUCUACUCCGAUAAGAGCAUCCACCUCUCCUUCCUGCGCACGGUACCGCCCUAUUCCCACCAAGCCCAGGUGUGGUUUGACAUGAUGCGUGAGUUUCAGUGGAAUCACAUCAUCCUGAUUGUGAGUGAUGACCAUGAGGGCAGAGCGGCACAGAAAAGACUGGAAACCCUGCUGGAGGAGAGGGAGACGAAGAGUAAAAACAGGAACUAUGAAAACCUCGACCAACUGUCCUUUGACAACAAGCGAGGACCCAAGGCAGAGAAAGUGCUCCUGUUCAGCCAAGACACAAAUCUGACGGCUCUGCUCCAGGAAGCCAAAGAGCUAGAGGCCAGAGUUAUCAUCCUGUCUGCAAGUGAAGACGAAGCCGCAGCCAUUUAUAAAGCGGCACGCCAUCUCAAUAUGACAGGCUCUGGUUACGUGUGGCUUGUUGGAGAAAGGGAGAUGUCUGGUAAAGCACUGAGUGAAGCCCCAGAUGGCUUGCUCGGCCUUCAGCUUAUCAAUGGCAAGAACGAGUCUGCGCACAUCUACGAUGCCGUGGCUGUGGUGGCCCAGUCCAUUCAGGAGCUCUUUGAGAAGGAGAAUAUCACAGAGCCUCCUCGAGGCUGUGUUGGCAAUACAAACAUCUGGAAGACUGGCCCACUCUUCAAACGAGUACUGAUGUCAUCCAAGUAUCCAGAUGGCCUAACAGGCCGUGUGGAGUUUAAUGAUGACGGAGACAGGAGGUUCGCCCACUACAGCAUUCUGAACUACCAGAAAACCCGGCUGGUGCAAGUGGGCGUCUACAAUGGCUCGCAAGUCGUAAUGAACUCUCAGAGGAAGAUUAUUUGGCCAGGAGGAGAAACUGAAAAGCCGAAAGGCUAUCAGAUGUCAACAAGACUAAAGAUUGUCACCAUUCAUCAAGAGCCCUUUGUCUAUGUCAAACCGACGUUACAAGAUGGAACAUGCAAGGAAGAGUACACUGUAAAUGGAGUCCUGAUCAAAAAAGUAAUCUGCACUGGCCCCAAUGAGACCAUUCCAGGUCGCCCCAUAGUGCCUCAGUGCUGCUAUGGGUUCUGCAUUGAUCUUUUGAUCAAACUUGCAAUGACAAUGAACUUUACCUAUGAAGUGCAUCUAGUGGCUGAUGGCAAAUUUGGCACUCAGGAGCGUGUAAAUAACAGCAACAAGAAGGAGUGGAAUGGCAUGAUGGGAGAGCUCCUGAGUGGCUUGGCAGACAUGAUCGUGGCUCCACUUACUAUCAACAAUGAACGAGCCCAGUACAUAGAGUUCUCGAAACCGUUCAAGUACCAGGGGCUCACAAUACUUGUCAAAAAGGAAAUACCACGCAGUACACUGGACUCGUUCAUGCAGCCUUUUCAGAGCACUCUGUGGUUACUGGUGGGUCUAUCGGUCCAUGUUGUGGCGGUGAUGCUCUACCUAUUAGACCGUUUCAGCCCAUUUGGAAGGUUUAAAGUAAAUAGUGAAGAGGAAGAAGAAGAUGCCCUCACUUUAUCCUCUGCUAUGUGGUUCUCCUGGGGUGUACUUUUGAACUCCGGAAUUGGAGAAGGUGCCCCUCGGAGUUUUUCAGCAAGGAUUUUAGGUAUGGUGUGGGCUGGGUUUGCUAUGAUUAUAGUUGCGUCUUAUACUGCCAAUUUGGCAGCCUUCCUAGUGCUGGAUCGGCCUGAGGAGCGCAUUACCGGCAUCAACGACCCUAGGCUGCGAAACCCAUCAGACAAGUUCAUCUACGCCACAGUGAAGCAGAGUUCUGUGGACAUUUACUUCCGGCGCCAAGUUGAGCUCAGCACCAUGUACCGCCACAUGGAAAAGCACAACUACGAGAGCGCCGCUGAAGCCAUCCAGGCCGUGCGAGACAACAAACUCCACGCAUUUAUAUGGGAUUCAGCAGUGUUGGAGUUUGAGGCCUCGCAGAAAUGUGACCUGGUCACCACAGGCGAGCUGUUCUUCCGCUCUGGAUUCGGUAUUGGCAUGCGCAAAGACAGUCCAUGGAAGCAAAACGUCUCACUGGCCAUCCUCAGUUCCCAUGAGAAUGGCUUCAUGGAGGACUUGGAUAAAACCUGGGUCCGUUAUCAGGAGUGUGACUCCAGAAGCAAUGCACCAGCCACGCUCACUUUUGAGAAUAUGGCAGGCGUGUUUAUGUUGGUUGCUGGUGGCAUCGUUGCUGGGAUCUUCCUCAUCUUCAUUGAGAUUGCGUACAAACGGCAUAAGGAUGCACGCAGGAAGCAAAUGCAGCUGGCCUUUGCAGCAGUUAAUGUCUGGAGGAAGAACCUACAGGAUAGGAAAAAUGGUAGAGCAGAGCCCGACCCCAAAAAGAAAGCCUCUUUUAGGUCCAUCAGUACCAACCUGGCCUCCAACAUCAAGAGACGUAGGUCGUCCAAAGACACGCCAUAUCCCACGGACAUUACCGGCCAGCUCAACCUGUCAGACCCCUCUGUGAGCACAGUGGUGUGAAAGUGGAGAGAGAAGGAGAAUUUGACAGGCAGAAAGAGAGAGAGAGAGAAAGACUGGAAAAGCAGGAGGCAGUGGGCUCUGAAUCAGACCGCUUGAGACAACACCUUCAGCACCGUCAUUUGAGCAAAAUCCACCCUGUCUCAGCAUAUGCACACUGGAUAUGAAACUUAUGGACACACUGUGCCAAAUUCAACCACACUGGAGCAAAAUCCACACUGCCACAAAUAUCACACUCGACCGACACACUCAUAGAUACACAAAGUGCUUCACUUUUUACAAUUUUUUUGCACAUAUCUAAAGAGGUUUUUUUUGUGUGUGUGAAUUAUGUAAAUAUAUAUUCAGACUUGUGUUUCUCCACAGUAGGUCAUCGUUCAGUCUUAAUAAGAGAAAAUAAGAUAAUACCGAAGUAGUUUUUCACUUUUAUGAUACGGACAUAAUGAUGUUUCAUACAGUACAUCUUUCUACCUCCACCUAAGAUACAUGUAGCUUAUCUCAACACUUUGGUAGUGUUUAGAUGUUUUCCCAUUUGAAAAGAGCAAACACAGAACAUCUCUUUGAAAAAGUGGGUUGUAGUAGAAAAUGCAGUACUAUAAAUAAUACUGUCGGUGAACGUUUGGCACAUUUUGAUCAUCGUUGCACUGCGUUUCUUAAUAUUUGAUUCUCUCUUCACUGCCGUUUUCAAAACACACUCUCUUGAAGUGGCCCAAGUUGCUUUGGACACAUACUGUGGAUUUUUGACUACCUUGUUUCUCUACUUUAUCAAUUAAUUCAUUUAUGUUUUUUUUAAUCUUUUGUAAAAAUAGAUAUUUGGCUGAGAAUGAUCUGAAUAUCAGCGUACAAUAUGGGGUCUAUUCAGCCAGGGGCUUAAUGUAGCAGAUCCGACCUUGUUUAUCAUAAAAGCUUAAUGGCAAAAUUUUAAACUAACGAAAGGAACCUUUUUAAUGAUAAAGAGUGGCGUAGACGUAAUGAAGCAGAUUUUAUUACAGGAUAUUUUGAGCUUCAUGUUGAACCCUGCUUGAAAUUCCCUGUAAUAAUUUCUGUAUCAUUGUGUGAGCUGGUAGCGUGCAUCUUUUUUGCUACCACAUAGGGACCUUUCCUUACAUUAUACAUAUUUCAUCAUGUCAUGUCAUUAUAAUAUAUGAACAGUAUUAUAUUUUGUCUGUGUGUAAUAACAACACUAGAUGCUACUUCCAUUGUUUGUUGUCAAGCUUUUGCUCUGUGGACAAGUGAAACGGUUACCAGCAAAAGUGGUAAUUUAUAAUCUGAGUCAGUCUUCAUAUUAAGUAUGUUGACUAAUUAUAGAUGAGUUAAAGUAUUAGAUCACUGUCUAGGUCGUUUGUCGCAAACAAUCAAUCUGAGGGCUUUGCUAACUAUUGUGAGAAGUUUAGGAUGUGAACAAUGCGUACUGUAACUGUAAGUUAUGGAGCUAUUUUAUAAGAGGAACAUUAUGAUUUUUUUUUUUUAUAGAAAAACUAGUUCAGGGUAUGGUGGUCUUUGCUUGACAAUAUUAUUAUGUUUGUUGGGUUGGGUUCAGCAAUGUGUCUGAAGUCCAGUUUUACCGUGAACAUGACUGUGAGCUUCUUAAUGUCAAAGUGAAAUUCGUUUUGAAGCGAAUAACGUGUUAAGCAGAUACGUAAAUUCUCUGUGGAUUCAUGGAUAUUAAGUUAGGAUAUUUAGUACUACUUGUAUGCAGAUGACCAUCAAGCUACUAUUUGAUCAUAUAAUUGGAAUCAGACAGGAAUGAAUUAAAUUGUGUGGCUUGAAGUACUUGUGAGGCUCAAUAGGAAAGACAUCUUUGACAAACAAAAGCAAUGUAAUCUGUCCAAUUCACUGUUGUGUGCAAACAUGCAUUGUUUCUAAAGCUUUAAGAUAUUGCAAGGCCAUUUUAAUCUGCUUUUACCAUAUUUUUCGACCACCAAAUGUGCUUUUGAUGACUAUUCCAAUACUCUUUGUGAAUAAAAAAAAAACUCAGAAUUGAAUUCAAACAAAGAUAUGUUUAAAAAUGUACAACUGCUAUACUCCAGUGUGCCAAUAAAAUAUGUAUCAAAUGAAAAAAACAAAA